UACUAGAAGAUAGAGUCCGCUGCAGUUAAAUACGGAACCAUACCCUCCAUUCUCAGCAAUCAUAACAUUCCUUCUCUCUCUCUCUCUGGUAUUCUUAUACGAGGAACACUAUCCCACGUUCUCUCUUUUUUCCCUGCAAAGACCCUUUCUUCUCUCUCAGGUUGUGACAUAAGACACAGAAACAUGGCUAGGGAACAGUUGCAAGUGCUUAAUGCGCUGGAUUCAGCGAAGACACAAUGGUACCACUUCACAGCAAUUGUGGUUGCUGGAAUGGGUUUCUUCACUGACGCCUAUGAUCUGUUCUGCAUCUCCCUUGUCACCAAAUUGCUUGGUCGCAUAUACUACUAUGAAGGCCCCGAGAAGCCUGGAUCUCUGCCAUCAAAUGUUUCUGCUGCAAUCAAUGGUGUUGCAUUCUGUGGAACCCUUGCAGGCCAACUUUUCUUUGGUUGGCUUGGUGACAAAUUGGGAAGGAAACGUGUCUACGGGAUGACCCUUAUGCUCAUGGUGAUAUGCUCAAUAGCUUCUGGUCUUUCUUUUGGCAAAGAACCUAAAUCUGUUAUUGCUACCCUUUGCUUCUUCCGUUUCUGGCUUGGAUUUGGCAUUGGUGGUGACUACCCUCUUUCAGCAACUAUCAUGUCUGAGUAUGCCAACAAGAAGACUCGUGGAGGAUUCAUAGCUGCUGUUUUCGCCAUGCAAGGUUUUGGAAUUUUGGCUGGUGGCAUGGUUGCAAUUGUGGUUUCAGCUGCUUUCAACGCAGUUUACCCUGCUCCAGCGUUUGAGGUUAACCCGGUUUUGUCCACAGUGCCACAAGCUGAUUAUGUUUGGAGGAUAAUCUUGAUGUUUGGUGCACUACCAGCUUUGCUUACCUACUAUUGGCGUAUGAAAAUGCCUGAGACUGCAAGGUACACUGCCUUGGUUGCCAAGAAUGCUAAACAAGCAGCUGCAGACAUGUCAAAGGUGUUGCAGGUUGAGAUAGAAGAGGAGAAAGUUCAGCAAUCGGAGACACAAAGAGGGAAUGAAUUUGGCUUGUUCUCCACACAGUUCCUUCGCCGACAUGGACUUCACCUGGUUGGAACAUGCACCACUUGGUUCCUCUUGGACAUUGCCUAUUAUAGUCAGAAUCUUUUCCAGAAGGACAUUUUCAGUGCAAUAGGUUGGAUUGCUGAGGCAAAAACCAUGAGUGCCAUUGAAGAGGUUUACAAAAUUGCUAGAGCACAGACCCUCAUAGCCCUUUGCAGCACUGUCCCUGGUUACUGGUUCACAGUGGCACUCAUUGACAAGAUAGGAAGAUUUUCAAUUCAGUUGAUGGGGUUUUUCUUCAUGACUGUGUUCAUGUUUGCAUUGGCCAUUCCAUACCACCACUGGACCAUGAAGGGCAAUCAUAUUGGGUUUGUUGUGAUGUAUUCAUUGACCUUCUUCUUUUCCAAUUUUGGUCCAAAUGCCACCACAUUUGUGGUGCCAGCAGAGAUUUUCCCUGCAAGGCUAAGGUCAACAUGCCAUGGCAUAUCAGCUGCAGCUGGGAAAGCUGGAGCAAUGGUAGGGGCUUUUGGCUUCCAGUUUGCAGAAAAUGGCAUUGGAGUGAGGAAUACCCUUAUAAUUUUGGGUGCGGUUAACUUCUUGGGGAUGGUGUUUACAUUCUUGGUGCCUGAAUCUAAAGGAAAAUCCUUGGAGGAGAUGUCUGGUGAAGCUGAAGAAGAGACUACUGCUACAACAGAAUCAGCAUUGGAGGCUGGUCAUGGAGUUAGGACUUCUGUGUAACUGCGUCAUUAGUAUCUUUUAUUAUGUAAUGCUUAGCUUAUAGACAUAGUAUUUGCACUUAGGAGUAUGUCUUGUUUUGGAGUUGAACUUUUUCUUUAGCUUAGUCUCGGGAGUAUUUUUUUCUUUUUUCUUUUAUGCUACUUUGUUUUUCUUUCUUUCUUUUGUACAAUCAGUUAGUAUAUUCGCUUCAUGUUGUUUACGGAACAAAGGAGAAAGUAAAAUUCAUAUAUGAUAUAUGUGCUCUCUUAUACA